ACGUUUCCCACCGUCCCUAAAUGCCUCAUACUCUCGCGCGCUCGCCCGGAUGUAGUUCAGUUCAACUUUAUAUCCCAUGAUUCCUUUCACCGACUUCCUCUUUCCCUACAGCAGCCAUGUCUAAGAGAGGACGUGGAGGUUCGUCUGGAGCCAAGUUCCGCAUCUCACUGGGUCUCCCAGUGGGAGCGGUUAUCAACUGCGCUGAUAACACAGGUGCCAAGAACCUGUACAUCAUCUCUGUCAAGGGCAUCAAGGGUCGUCUGAACCGUCUGCCUGCUGCAGGAGUGGGUGACAUGGUUAUGGCCACAGUGAAGAAAGGCAAACCAGAACUCAGGAAGAAGGUGCAUCCUGCGGUGGUGAUACGGCAGCGGAAGUCGUAUCGGCGAAAAGACGGCGUGUUUCUCUACUUUGAAGACAAUGCGGGGGUCAUAGUAAACAACAAAGGAGAAAUGAAAGGUUCAGCCAUCACAGGCCCUGUGGCAAAAGAGUGUGCUGAUCUGUGGCCCAGGAUCGCAUCCAACGCUGGCAGCAUAGCCUGAGCUGGACCUGCACCCCCGUUCAUGUUUUCAAUAAAAACUGUUGGUAAUCGA